AUGGAAGAGGUCGGCGGGUUUAGUUACGAGGAGUGGUGCAAGAGGCGCGAGUGUGUGGCUGUUCCUACCGAGACCAUUGCUCCCAAGUCGUCCAUCUCGAAUCGCUCGACCCAGAGUCAGAGCGAAGUGUCUGAUCGAGACAACGCUUACCGUUACGUUGCUAUGAGAGAACCUGGUCCUCAAGACGCUGUCCCUGGUUACACUUACAUGUAUCCACCCCAGCCAUUCGCAGCCAUGGCCGCACCUCCAGCUCCCGCGCCUGCACCACCUGCACCUACAGCUGUAGCUGCUCCUUCGGCACACUUCAAGCAGGAAGAUCCUCACUACCGCCACUACAUUCACGAGCGUGUCCGCGAAAAGUCAGUUCGCCCUGCAUCCGAGCCUCCCACCAUCGAGAAGGCCGCACCUCCACCACCCACCCCUCAAGCCAACAUACCCACCAUGACUUACGGCGCCUUUCCCUACGGCCUGCCCGCCACCGCCAUCCCAGUCGUCUACGCCAUGCCCAACUACCCAGUNCCCCGUACACACCGAAACCCCACAGCCUCGCCCAAACCCAAGACCGAUCGUGUGUGGGUCGGCCGCACCAAGAAGCAAGUCGACGAAGACAAUACCAAGAUCGCGCACAAGGAAGGCGUGUACAAGCCCAAUGAAAUGGUUCCCAAGGCUGCUUCUCCUGACCAACUGUUUUGGGUCAUUGAGCCUGAUGAUUCGAACACUUUGCGCAACUUUCGCACUAUUGAGGAGGAGCUGUAUCCUGGCAAGUGGAAGGUUGAUCCGAGAUAUGGCAAUGCGUACUUUGUGCGUGACAAGGAGCAGAAGAAGAAGUGA